GUGAAGCAAGCAAUACAAUCUCGUGGAUAUGCAAGUCUAGACAAAAUUGCACGCAAAUCGUGCAUCUAAGUGCAAGAAAAAUCAUGUUUUUUUCUUAAACGACACAACCAAUCUUUCUUAAUUUCUUCCUUUAAUGUAUAGACUUUAAAUUAGCAACUUGAAGCAACUACCAGCAUGGUGUACCAUAAAGCAAGCAUAAAAGGCAGCACUACUAUUUACAUGGCUGCAUUGCACUUAAUCACAAGUGAAAGUUGAGUGACAUGGGUUCUACUUAUGUUGUUGCAUUACAAGUUGUGUUAUUUUGCAUUUGUUUGGUUUUGGCAAAUUCUGUUGACUUUAGUUACCCAGCAGUUUUCAACUUUGGUGAUUCAAACUCAGACACAGGUGAAAUUACUGCAGCUAAGGGAUUUAAACUCGCCCCGCCUUACGGACAAAAUUACUUCAAAACUUCAUCUGGGAGAUUCUGCAAUGGCCGUCUUAUAGUCGACUUCUUAAUGGAUGCGAUGCAUUUGCCAUUUUUAAAUGCCUAUUUGGAUUCAGUUGGUUUACCGAAUUUCCAUCAAGGAUGCAACUUUGCAGCGGCAGGUUCGACUAUUCUUCCAGCAAAUGCAGCGUCGAUCAGUCCAUUCGGCUUUGGGAUUCAAGUAUCUCAGUUUCAGCUAUUCAAAGCCCGAGUUCUUGAGUUUCUUGCAGGCGAGAAAUUUCAUGAAUAUGUCCCGGCCGAAGAUUACUUCCAGAAGGGGUUAUACAUGUUUGACAUAGGCCAGAACGAUAUUGGCGGUGCGUUUUAUUCAAAAGACUUGGACCAAAUACUUUCUUUAAUUCCAACAAUUCUACUGGAAUUCGAAAAUGGAAUAAAGAGACUGUAUGACAGCGGGGCUAGGAAUUUUUGGAUACAUAACACGGGUCCGGUAGGAUGCUUGGCUCAGUAUAUUGCCACAUUUGGGAAUGAUCCGUCAAAGCUCGAUGAACAAAGAUGUCUUCAUGCACUCAAUCAAGCUGCUAAGGCCUUUAAUCUACAACUGCAAGAUUUUUGUACUAAAUUGCAGGGCCAGUAUCUAGAUGUAAAUGUUACCUAUGUUGAUAUCUUUACCAUAAAAUAUGACCUCAUUGUAAACUCCUCAAAACAUGGGUUUGAACAACCUAUUAUGGCUUGCUGUGGAUACGGAGGUCCACCAUUGAACUGCGACAGUCGCGUUUCUUGUGGAGUAACAAGGAUCUUGAAUGGAACCACAAUUGCAGCAAAAGGUUGCAAUGAUAGUAGUGUGUAUGUAAGCUGGGAUGGGACUCAUUACACUGAGUCUGCAAAUCAAUAUGUUGCAUCACAAAUUCUCACUGGAAAAUACUCCAACACUCAUUUAUCGUAGAAGAUGUCAUUCCUUCUCUAGCACGAGUUCUAAUCCAACAGCUGAUUGUAACCUUGAAUGACAUUCAAGCUCUUAUCAACAAAUCUUAUCUAAGAAUACAUCAGUUUGUCAUAAAUUCUGGCCUGAUGCCAUUAUUUGUUGUAUUGCUUAGAGACAUACACCGAAAUAUGUACAUGAUAAAAAAAAGAAGUAUUUAUAAACAUGAAGUAAGAAUGAUUCAAAGCAAGAAAAAAGAAAUGUGAAUUUAUGGGCAAAUUAAUGGAAAAACAAAUCACAAAUAUGCAUUGGAAUCGGAAAAAAAAUUACAAGGUCGCAAUAUAAUGUUCGUAGGUCAAUGUCAUCUUGAAGAUCAAUUUGAUAGAACAAAAAGAAGGAAAAACAACAUAGUUAAAAGCUACAUUAAAAAAAGGGUUACAUCAUUGACUCCAUUUUACAAUCAACCUUCAAGGUGUCAUGAGUCC